UUUUAGUUUUAAUACGCCAUAAUAUUUACCUUGUUGCUGAUGAUAGUAAGGAAUGAUGUCCUUCCUUGUUUUUUCGUCGGUUGUGUUUCUGCAGUAUGCUAUUUACAUUUAAACUGAUAUUCGUCUACUAGAAUAAACCUUACCAGUAACACAAAAAGUGAGCCAAGAUGUGAUGAUACAAUUCAUCUAAGAGCUGAAGAGAAAGGCAACUGACAUCAAGAGUGUUGGGGGGGGGGGACAUUUUGGUAUUAAAAAAACUUACCUGUGUGAAAGCUUGUGCAUUCCAACAGUUUGAGUGAAUUAUUGUAUAAAUUGUUGUGAGAAGUAGAUUACAAAGGAAGAAUGGAGGAAACAGGACUUUCAAAAAGAGAUUUCAGCCAGCUGUUGGUGGAUUUUUCAAGUUGGUAUGAUGGACUUGAAUACAUCAAUAUGCUGAAAGUUUUGUACAACAACAGAAAACAUGUGCCAAUUUACUCUGAUUUAAAUGAGGCUACUGAUGUAAUGUCCUUGCUGAGUAUUUUAAUUUGUUCUGGGAAUUUGAGUCAAACAAAUCUCACUAUCCUGUAUGACACAAUCAAAGUUACCGGACAUCUUGGCUUCAAAUCCAGUAUUGUACUUCCAACUUUACAAAGAAUCGAAGAACAUGAAGUGUCUAAAUUGUCAUGGUACAGACAGUUCCUCUUGAAGCUAGGAAUGGCACUGACUAAAGCUGAUAUAGUAGCGCUUGAUGUACGAUAUAACAUACCGUUGUUAAAGAAGUAUAAAGAUAGCUGGCAUUUGAUUCUGGAUCUAGAGCAAAGGAAUGAGCUUUGGGAAGAAAAGAUGGAUGAUUUCAUUGAAGGAUUACCAAGUUACACAGCUGUGAAAGCUUUACUGGAAGUGAACAGGAGAGCAGUCAGUAAGCAAGAGCAUGAAACAUACACAUCUUACUACAACCGUUUGAAAGAUAAUAUUAGACAGUCAAACAUGCAUAUAAGAAAGGAUGUUAGUGGUGAUGGGAACUGUUUCUUAUACUGCAUCCAAGAUCAAUUUGAGAGACUGGGUUUACCAAAUCGAUCUGCUGCACAACUCAGGGCUGAUUUAGUGGACUACUUGCGACAUUUGGAUAGAAAAGAUCCAUUGAUCGCCCUUACAGAUGACAAAUAUCUAGAUGAAUUGAGUAAAGAUGGUACUUUUGUUGACGAGACAGCCAUAAGAGGGAUGUCACGAAUAUUAAAUCACAACUUUCAAAUAGUGACCAGUCAAAGAAAAAGCACAGAGCAGGGCUACUUGGUCACAACAAUUCAAGAAAGUUCAAACCCAGAUGGUGUAAUGUUAUUUGGUCAAAUUGGAGAGCUACACUAUAUAAGCUUAGGUAAUGAAGUUAGAUCAGAAGUAUCAGCAAGGCCAAUUUUAGAUAGGCCAAGUGUUAAGCAAGGUAAUGGAGAAGCAUCAACAUCAAAAAAACCAAAGUUCUACAAAGGUAAAUCAGGGAAAUCGAAACGACCAAGAAAAAGACGUAUAUGUGAUGAAGGCAAGUCAGGAAGAUCAGAACUGCCGAAAAAAUUGACGUUGGAUGAAGAUUUAAUUAUCAAAGAAUUUCUGACAAAAAAGCUGAAGCAAUUGUAUCAGGAUGUUAAUCAAAUGACACCAGCAAUCUGGCAUAGACAUCAUAGAGUAGAUAUUGCUGAAGUGUUCACACAACUCAUCUUACUGGAAUCCAACAGGAAAGACAAAGAAGAAUCAGAUGAAUUCAAAUCAACAUGUAUAAGAAAGGAAGGUAGACCCACAUCUUUAACAGAGGUAUUAGGUAUCAUUAAAUCAAAAGAUUCAUGUAAGUUAUUAAUAACAGGAGGAGGAGGGAUGGGUAAGACUACACUUCUGAAAUAUAUUACUUAUAAAUGGGCUACUGAUGAAUUACAUGCCUUUGCUGGUAAAUUACUGUUUCUGAUCAAUAUUGGGGACAUUAAAACAAGUGCAGAUAUGUUGGAAUUAAUUCUAAAAAACAUAGCUACAAAUGAAUUAAUUCUUCAGCACAAUUUGUCAACUAACUCAGUUGAAAGAUUUCUGAUAAAUAAUGCUGAUGAUAUAGUUAUUUUGUUAGAUGGAUAUGAUGAGUUACACAGAGAUGCUAAGGACCCUAUUUAUCUGUUCAAAGGACGUGAAUUAGAAAAAAGCACUGUGGUGAUAACAUCCCGACCUGACUACACAAUUGAUUUGAUUAAAUGUUGUACUGUACAUAUUGAAGUGAAGGGGUUCAGUAGAAGAAACAUAAAGAAGUAUAUUCAUGAUCAUUUUCAUUCAAUCAACAAAUGUGAGUUGGGGGAAUUAUUAAUGAAGGAGUUCAAUCUUGUGUCAGAGGAUGAAUGUGAUUGGGGUGGUGAUCAUAAAGAGGCAUUUGAAUUGUGCUCAUCCCCACUGUUAUUGCUUAUGAUUUGUACCAUAUGGGAACAAAAAAAACAUCUUCCAAAAGACUUGUCAGUUCUUUUCAUUGAACUGAUUUGUUGCAUUUUAAGUCAAUAUAAAUGCAAGAGGGAUGAUAAUAUUGCAAUUUCCCAAAUUAAUAGUGUUCCAGAGCAGUAUAGACUUGCCAUUCUACUAUUAGGAGAAUGUAUGUAUGAAGGCCUAAAGGAAAAUAAAUUGUCUAUUGACAAACAUGUUUUAUCAAAUAUGACAAAAAAUAUAGAUUCUGUAGAUUUAGCAUUGAAAAUUGGAUUUGUUUAUGAAGAUAGCCCUUUUAACCCUGGUGAUGUAAGGGAGAUGUACACACCUCCACACAAAUUAAUUUCAGAGGCACUAGCAGGUUUUUAUUUGUCAAAUCAAAUUGAGGAAGAACAUUUGAAAUCUGAUGAAUAUGAAGUGAUAAGAUCUAAUAAAUAUUUAAAAAUGACAAGAGUGUUUACAAUAGGAUUUCUAGGUGCUAAAGCUGGUGGAUUGCUUAAACACUGGUUAGUAAUCAGGGCUUCACAUUUCUACUCAAUAGCACAAUGUUUCACACAUAUAAAGGAGGCAAAUGAAGAAGCUGUGCUACAGGAAUUGGAUAAAAACAUGUCCACUGAAAUGAAAUCCUACUGUAAGCAAAUGUGUGAGACAUACAGAAGUGUCCUUCAGGAUGAUAAAAGCGUAGUAAGUGAGCAUUUAUAUAAACUUAUGAACAUAUGUUGCACUAUAUAUGAGGGAAAUCUGGUGGAGAAAUUUAUAUCGCUGUUAGAUGCAUCUAGUGAAGAGACUUUCAGAUCAUCAUGCAGGAGUUUGGUACAUAUCUUAGUUAUUGUAGAAGGACUAAAAUUAGGAAACUCCUGGUUCGCGUUGAGUAAAAACCCUUUAUUUAAAUAUAUAUCAAAUUGGAAAAGUGAAAACCUUAAUUUCCUUUCUGCUGAGAUGAAAUACCUCAAAUUGAACUAUGGUCACACUAGUGUCAGUUUAAACCAUGUAUUUAAUUCAUCAUUCUUGAUUCAUUUGCUGACACAUUCAAAUAACCUCUUUAAAUUACAUAUCACUUCGGGUAAGCUUACUGAGUCUGUACUCAGUGUAGUUAUCAUUGAGUUACACAAAUCUAAUGUAAAGUUAAAGUUAACAGAACUUGAUAUUAUGGGCAAUGAUCUACAUAAUAUCGAUGGAACAUUACUAGGAAAACUAUUUAAAAUAUCUCCUGAUCUAAAUGUGCUGAAUUUAAGCAGUUGUAGUUUAUCAGGUGAUAUUGUGAGGGCAAUGAUUACAGAAUGUCAGUACAGUGGAGUUUCUUUAGGUGGAUGCAAUCUUAUUAUUAACAAUAAUAACAUUGAUGAUGCAUUAUUGGGCAAUUUACUUAAAGUGUCUCCUAAUAUAUCUGGUCUUUAUAUAGCUUCAUGUGGGCUAUCGAAGGCAAGUUUUAAUAAAAUGAUCAAUGGGUUUCAUGAAAUUGAAUUAUGUGAACUCGAUUUCAGCCAAAAUUAUUUAGGAAAUUUAGAUGGAAAAACGUUUGGAACCUUAUUGAAAAUGCUUCCCAAACUUCGUUAUUUUAACAUGAGUCAUUGCAGUUUAUCAGGCAGUAUUGUUAAUGAAAUGAUGGAGGAAUGUGGUAGGAUGAAUGUAGUAUUGAAAGACAACUUGCUUCAACUGAAGGGCAAUGACCUUUCAGAUAUUGAUGGUAAGUCACUUGCAGAGUUAAUCAAAGCUUUUUUCCUUGAUCAUGAAGGUAUUUUCAAUUGGCUUAAUCAUUCUCUUACAGCUGAUAACCUACAAAAUCUGAUUGAAUCAGUAAGUGUUGUAAAUAAAACAUUCACUUGGCAUUGGAUAGAUUUGAGUAAUAUUAACCUGUCUUCGAUCAGUGGUAAAACAUUAGCUUGCCUUAUUAAGAUCUCUCCAGACCUGAUCCAUAUUGACAUGAGUCAUUGCAGUUUAUCAGGCAGUAUUGUUAAUGAAAUGAUGGAGGAAUGUGGUAGGAUGAAUGUAGUAUUGAAAGACAACUUGCUUCAACUAAAGGGCAAUGACCUUUCAGAUAUUGAUGGUAAGUCACUUGCAGAGUUAACCAGGGCAUACAUAAGACCUCUUUUCCUUGAUUUUGUAGGUCCUUUCCGUUGGCGUAAUUAUUCUCUUACAGCUGAUAACCUACAAAAUCUGAUUGAAUCAGUAAGUGUUGUAAAUAAAACAUUGAUUUGGCAUUGGAUAGAUUUGAUUAAUAUUAAUCUGUCUUCGAUCAGUGGUAAAACAUUAGCUUGCCUUAUUAAGAUCUCUCCAGACCUGAUCCGUAUUGACAUGAGACAUUGCAGUUUAUCAGGCAGUAUUGUUAAUGAAAUGAUGGAGGAAUGUGAUAGGAUGAAUGUAGUAUUGAAAGACAAAUCGCUUCAACUGGAGGGCAAUGACCUUUCAGAUAUUGAUGGUAAGUCACUUGCAGAGUUAAUCAGGGCAUACUCUGUACCUUUUCACCUUGAUCCUGAAGGUAAUUUUAAUUGGCGUAAUCAUUCUCUUACAGCUGAUAACCUACAAAAUCUGAUUGAAUCAGUAAGUGUUGUAAAUAAAACUUUCACUUGGCAUUGGAUAGAUUUGAGUAAUGUUAACCUGUCUUCGAUCAGUGGUAAAACAUUAGCUUGCCUUAUUAAGAUCUCUCCAGACCUGAUCCGUAUUGACAUGAGACAUUGCAGUUUAUCAGGCAGUAUUGUUAAUGAAAUGAUGGAGGAAUGUGAUAGGAUGAAUGUAGUAUUGAAAGACAAAUCGCUUCAACUGGAGGGCAAUGACCUUUCAGAUAUUGAUGGUAAGUCACUUGCAGAGUUAAUCAGGGCAUACGCUGUACCUUUUCACCUUGAUUCUGAAGGUAAUUUUAAUUGGCGUAAUCAUUCUCUUACAGCUGAUAACCUACAAAAUCUGAUUGAAUCAGUAAGUGUUGUAAAUAAAACAUUGACUUGGGAUUGGAUAGAUUUGAGUAAUAUUAACCUGUCUUCGAUCAGUGGUAAAACAUUAGCUUGCCUUAUUAAGAUCUCUCCAGACCUGAUCAGUAUUGACAUGAGACAUUGCAGUUUAUCAGGCAGUAUUGUUAAUGAAAUGAUGGAGGAAUGUGAUAGGAUGAAUGUAGUAUUGAAAGACAACUCGCUUCAACUGGAGGGCAAUGACCUUUCAGAUAUUGAUGGUAAGUCACUUGCAGAGUUAAUCAGGGCAUACGCUGUACCUUUUCACCUUGAUCCUGAAGGUAAUUUUAAUUGGCGUAAUCAUUCUCUUACAGCUGAUAACCUACAAAAUCUGAUUGAAUCAGUAAGUGUUGUAAAUAAAACAUUGACUUGGCAUUGGAUAAAUUUGUGUAAUAAUAACCUGUCUUCGAUCAGUGGUAAAACAUUAGCUUGCCUUAUUAAGAUCUCUCCAGACCUGAUCCGUAUUGACAUGAGACAUUGCAGUUUAUCAGGCAGUAUUGUUAAUGAAAUGAUGGAGGAAUGUGAUAGGAUGAAUGUAGUAUUGAAAGACAAAUCGCUUCAACUGAAGGGCAAUGACCUUUCAGAUAUUGAUGGUAAGUCACUUGCAGAGUUAAUCAGGGCAUAUGCGGCGGUACACACAAGAUUUUCUUUUCCUGAUGGUAAAAGUACUAUCAAAUGGAGUGAUCUUUCUCUUACAGCUGAUAACCUACAAAAUCUGAUUGAAUCAGUAAGUGUUGUAAAUAAAAAAUUGACUUGGCAUUCGAUAGAUUUGAGUAAUAUUAACCUGUCUUCGAUUAGUGGUAAAACAUUAGCUUGCCUUAUUAAGAUCUCUCCAGACCUGAUCCGUAUUUACAUGAGACAUUGCAAUUUAUCAGGCAGUAUUGUUAAUGAAAUGAUGGAGGAAUGUGAUAGGAUGAAUGUAGUAUUGAAAGACAACUCGCUUCAACUGGAGGGCAAUGACCUUUCAGAUAUUGAUGGUAAAUCACUUGCAGAGUUCAUCAGGGCAUAUGCGGUACAUUUUUUCUUUUGUCAUAAAGGUGCUUUCCAAUGGAGAGAUUAUUCUCUUACAGCUGAUAACCUACAAAAUCUGAUUGAAUCAGUAAAUGUUGUAAAUAAAAAAUUGACUUGGCAUUCGAUAGAUUUGAGUAAUAUUAACCUGUCUUCGAUUAGUGGUAAAACAUUAGCUUGCCUUAUUAAGAUCUCUCCAGACCUGAUCCGUAUUGACAUGAGACAUUGCAGUUUAUCAGGCAGUAUUGUUAAUGAAAUGAUGGAGGAAUGUGAUAGGAUGAAUGUAGUAUUGAAAGACAACUCGCUUCAGCUGGAGGGCAAUGACCUUUCAGAUAUUGAUGGUAAGUCACUUGCAGAGUUCAUCAGGGCAUAUGCGGUACAUUUUUUCCUUGGUCAAAAAGGUACUUUCCAUUGGAGGGAUUAUUCUCUUACAGCUGAUAACCUACAAAAUCUGAUUGAAUCAGUAAGUGUUGUAAAUAAAACAUUGACUUGGCAUUUGAUAGAUUUGAGUAAUAUUAACCUGUCUUCGAUCAGUGGUAAAACAUUAGCUUGCCUUAUUAAGAUCUCUCCAGACCUGAUCCGUAUUGACAUGAGUUAUUCCGGUUUAUCAGGCAGUAUUGUUAAAGAAAUGAUGGAGGAAUGUGGUAGGAUGAAUGUAGUAUUGAAAGACUACUUGCUUCAACUGGAGGGCAAUGACCUUUCAGAUAUUGAUGGUAAGUCACUUGUUGGAGUUUUAUCACUCUAAUUAUGAUGGUGGUGAUGAUGAUGCUGAUGAAACUUUCAGUUGGAGUAAUUAUUUGAUAACCUUGAAAAGCUGGUUGAUUCAGUAGUUGAAAAUAUGACAUUCAAUUGGCAAGGAUAGAUUUGAGUGAUAUUAACGCAUCUUCAAUUUGUGGUAAUACAUUAGCUUGCCUUGUUAAAAUCUCUCCAGACUUGAUCUAUAUUCAAUUCAAUUCAAUUCAACAAAACAUUUAUUUUCUUCUAAAGGCACUUAAAAAUACAAAAUUAAAAAUACAAAAUACAAAAAUUGGAAGAAGGCCAGGUCCCAAGAAGUUGUUUGCAAAAACAAACAUCUUGUGAUGGGCAGGCCUGAAAAAAAAAAAAAAAAAA